UUUAAUAAGUUAUUUAUUAUGUUUGCUACGUAAUAUAUAUUCAAGACAAACCCGUUUAAUCUAAACAACGCCAUCUUAGGAAAAUAUAAGCGCUAUUCUUCCGCUAGAUAAUAUAGUUCCUGAUGCGUGAAUAACAGAACGUACGGUGGAUGCUGCGCAGUGAUAUACACAGUAGAUCGGUAAACAGGUGUUUUCCGGUCUCGGUUCGUGGGUUUUGUCCCUGAUGAAACAUUUGUUUAAUCCAUUAAAAAGUGAGCAAUUGUGUGUUGUACUCACGUGAAAACAGAGUAUUAAAAAGGGAACAUACAUUUCAGUUCACUGGAAGGAUUUUGCAGACAAGAAGACAAAAGCCGACUCCUGAUCAGUGGCCUGACAACUGAACAAGAGAGAGAACGAGAAUUGGCUCGGCACAGGUUCAAUAGCAGCAGGAGCUUUCAAUGAUAAUGGAAUAUAUGGGUGUCGGGUCUCAACAUGGGUGGAGCCAAAGCUCUGGACAAUUACUGCUACAAGAAACGGCCAGAUGCAAGAGACAAUCAGUGGUACGCAGCUCCAGGCACACGCCAGAUGAUCAGGGGAGGAAUACAGGUCCCCCGGGACCGAGUCACGUGACCAGCCCAUGCCACGUGACGUCAGCAGCAGAUGGCAUGGGUACCAGCUCUGGCAGUUGGCAUCAGUGUCAUUUCUCUUAGCGCGAGACAAGGAGAGCAGUGGGGAGGCGCAAUGCUGACUCUGCCGUUUGAAGAUCCUGUCAUGAUGGACAGUCAAUUCGGGGCAAACUUUUCACGGGAAUGCACGGGUGAAAUGAAGGUCACUAAGCAAGAACCGUUUAAAAAGGAGGAUACGCUCUCUCACAUGAUGGAGGACGACGAUUCGGAGAAGGAUGACGAUGAAAGGGAGGACGGACAAGAUGAGAACGGUCUGCCACGCCGCAGAGGGCCCCGGAAAAAGAAAAUGACCAAAGCUCGCAUCGACAGGGUGAAGAUGAGACGCAUGGAAGCCAACACAAGGGAGAGGAACCGAAUGCACGGUCUGAACAAUGCAUUAGACAGCCUGCGCAAGGUGGUUCCUUGCUACUCCAAAACCCAAAAACUGUCAAAAAUCGAAACGCUCCGGCUGGCCAAGAACUACAUCUGGGCGCUUUCGGAGAUUCUGAGCACAGGGAAGAGGCCUGACCUACUUACCUUUGUUCAGACCCUUUGCAAGGGGCUCUCCCAGCCAACCACCAAUUUAGUGGCCGGAUGUCUCCAGUUGAACGCGAGGAACUUCAUCGCGGAUCAGAUCAAUGGCGAGGCGUCCUUCUCUGGUAGAUCACCAUAUGACUCCAUGUACACGACCUACCACAGUCCUGGUGUGGUGACGCCCUCUGUACACGGUAAUAGCGCUAUAGAUGCCGUUAAACCCUUCAGGCCAUUCAACUACUGCAGCUCCUACGAGUCUUUCUACGAAAGCGUCUCUCCAGAAUGCGCCAGCCCACAGUUCGACGGUCCUUUAAGUCCUCCUAUUAACUUUAACGGGAUAUUUUCCGUUAAGCACGAAGACCAGAUCGAGUAUGGAAAGAGCUGCCACUAUGGCACGCGUUAUUGCGCGGUGCCGGCGCGCACCUCCAUCAGCCAGAGCGCAAGAGGCUCCUCGGAUCUCCAUUUCCCAUAUGACGUUCACCUCCGCGGCCAGUUCUACCCGGUGCAAGAUGAAUUAAACACGACUUUUCAUAAUUAAUGAGAGAAAGUCAAAUGUGACUAUGGCCCUUUUGUGGGUAAUGACUGAAAUGCAGGACUUUCACUCGCACAUGUAUUAUUUAUAUAGACCCUCUCUGCGUUGGAUAGGGUCCUGGAUUUGCGCCAUCUGAUGUUUUAUUAUUUAUUCGUUUUAAUUAGAUGGAAAAUGUGCUUACAGGAAACAUAGUGCUCCUAACUGAAUUUAUUUUUUAUUGAUAUUAUGUCCGAUAAAAUGUGUAGUAUUUGUUUAAAAAAAGACACCAACCUAACAUGUUUUUGCUGCGUUUAAGUUUAUUCUUUGUUUUUAGUAAAAUUUUAUGCAAGCCUGUACGAGCAUUUACAGGCCCAGCAAAUUUGUCAGUACUGAAGUUUGAAAAUAAUUUUCUUUAUGCUUUUAUUUAUUUAUUUAUUUAUUAUGUCAGUGUUUGCGCUGGGAAUUCAGUAUAAGCGGUCAGCAGGGUGCUAUGCAAUCCACAUAACGCUCGCUUAAAUGUCAAAAUAUUAGUGAUUUAAAAAGACCUAAAAACCAAUCAUUUUAGUAUUUUUUUCUUUAUUCGUUUAUAAAAAGAAAUGUACAGUAAGUACGCGAAUUUUAUUUGUCAUUUAAAUCGAUUUUUCAUUCAUAGUUAUGAAAGUUUCGUUAUGUUCAUACAGGGGUCUAUCAAGGCUGUAUAUUAGUAAAUAAAUGAACCAAACUUUUGCCUUACUAUAAUAAUUUCAGUUAAUAAUGAUAACAAUAGUAACACCAAUAAUACAAAAACGAAACCAUCAUAAAAAGGCAUUAAUUGAAACAAAUUAUUUACCAAUAAAAGAUGAUUUAUUAAAGAAUGCAAUCCUCAAAAACGAAAUAAUUCUGACAUAUAUUAAUGGAUAAAACAUUUGCUUGUUUCUUUAUUUUCAAUUUGUGGAUUUUAAGUCUAUAAAUGUUGACAAUCGGGUUUUGGGGUUUGGGUUCUCUCAACUUACCACAUUUAUCUGUGCUGAUAGUUUUAAUGAAAGAUUAUAUACGAUUUUCACAGCACAAUAAUUUAUUUACUGUAUAUGCAACAGAUUGCUAUACCAGUUUUUUACCAAAAUGUAAAGUCGUCGAUUGAUAUUAAAGGCAUUGUAUACAAUUUCGAAAGAAACACGUCUGUAAAGCAAAUGCAUUAAAAGCAUGUAAUAUUUUAAAUUGAAAAGUCUAUGUCCUACAGUGAACUCAUGUCACAGGUGUACCUUGCCUUAAUAUAUUUAUUACGGAUAAUUUAUGCAACGUGAUGGACGUCUUUAGUGGUGGACUCGUGCAUUUUCAUUUUUUUUAUCACCAAAACGUUGAAGAGUUUUUUGUGCAGAAAUGACUGAAUGCACCGAAACUGGUUUGUGCCGAUUUGUACACUGUCAAGCUGUUUUGUACAAUAAAAUAAAGUUUGUUGAA